AUGGGGAAAGAUAAGCACCAGCCGACGGAGGCUGAAGUGAAGGUGGCUACGGUGGAGCUGGAGUCUGUGGACAACAUGGCUACGUUACCGGUGGGCCAGCACCGGCAGCAGGGCAGUGACAUGGCGAUUGCUGAGAAGCACAACAAUGCGAACAAAGAGAUGGAGCUGAAGUGCGUCCAGCCUAAGCCGUCUAAGAAAACUUCACUGUUUAUCAUCUCGAGUUUCAUCUACGCCAAGCUCUUGGUUGUUGUGUGUAUCGCUUACGUCAUCAGUGAUGUCAUCACACACAACCUCCCCCUCUAUUACUACGAGGGGUUCUUCACCUACCUGUAUGGCAUGAGCAUUCUGUUUUUGUUGUACGUCUUCUGCUUUUUACUCCAAGCCCCCGCCAAAAGAGAAGAAACUAAGAAGGAAAAGGAAAAGAAAACCAAAGACAAAGAAGCGAAGGAAGGCAAGGAAGGAAAGGAUGGAAAAGAAGGCAAGGAUAAAAAGGAAGGAAAGAAAGAUAACAAGUCUAAAGACAAAGGCAAAGACAAGGAGGAAAAAGACAAGGCAUCCAAAGAGGCUAAGAAACAAAGUCAAUUCCAGGAGGUGUAUCCCCGUAAGAUGCGUGAUAAAGUUCGUCAACAGCAAUUGCAAUUGCAAAUGGCGCAAUUGUAUGCGUCUGACCAGCAACAACAACAGCAACAACAAGAUAUUGUGGAGCUGGAGGCAGGCCCUGUUGCGAGACCGGUUCGCAGGCGCAAGACUUCUCAGAAUGAUCACAGCCACGGCAGCUUCUUCCUUAGGAUUGGAGCAAUUGCUUUUGGUCUCGGGACUAUGAUCUACAACGGGUUGGAGUUUGGCACCUUCUUCGAAUUGCCUCUAGAGUCGCCCUGCUACUUAAUCUUGAAAGGCGUCAACCCCGUCUUGCAGAUGGUGUUUACAUUCAUGCAAAUGUAUUUCAUUUUCAUGAAUUCUCGGCUGAACAUUCAUCGAUUCAAAGUCAUCGCUCGGUUCGGUCUGAUGCAUGUAGUUGCUACAAACAUUUGCGUUUGGAUUCGUACUUUGGUGCUGGAGUCAUUGAAGGAAAUCACCGAUUACCACGUUAAGAAUCCUCAUGGUUACUCAGGAGAAGGCGUGUUAGGAAAAGUCAUCCGUAAGCACACUCUGAGGCAUUCCGGUAAAGUGUUCGGUGCAGCUACCACAGCCGCUACCUCUAUCGCAUCUACUGUUUUAACCACCGCUAAGACCACUGGAGAGCAACUCAUGAACGUUGUCACUUCCACAGCCGCUCCUACCACUACUCCUACCACAACUACUACCCUCUCAUCAUAUAAUAUCAUGGGUGGUGGGUUACCUAAGUCAAAACUGAUCGAAACUCUUAAGAGUACGGUAGGUUACGACAACGGGAUGGGAUAUGGUCGCGAAUUCAGAGAAUGGCCUAAUGACAAUCCGUUUACUACGACAUCUUUUGCACCACUAACAACGGAGUCCGAUAAAGUGACUCAGACACAGACGGCCAUGCUAGAAGUCUUCCAGUGGCUUCGCACUUCAACUCUGAAACCGAUUCUUAGCGCUAUAUCGACUAUGAUGCCAAUGACCAACACGUCAGAAAUCUUCGAGUCAUUCGACGGUCUCAAUCCAGCUGCGCUGAUCGCCAAUAUCGAUAAUACUACAGUGUGCGGCCGAAACCCAAUUAUGGGCACUAUCGUAACCGACUCGGCACCUUAUCUGUAUCCGUUCAUCAUUGAAUACUCCCUCAUCGGUGCCGCCGUCAUUUACGUUAUGUGGAAGCAUAUUGGCCGCUACCCCAGCGUGGCCAACGAUGAAGAUCUGGAAAGACGUCUGGAGGCUGUUCUCUCCCGCAGGGCGGCAGCGCUUGCAGCGGCUCAGCGUGGUAACCGUGUCGAUUGUGCCGGAGCCUCUAAGGGUCUCUUCUGUGGACUGCUACUGCUCGUCGCCUCCCUCAUCUGCUUGAUACUCUUCUUCGUCCUGAUAAGACACCAGGAGUUGAAGCGCCUCUCGAUCUAUUUGGCCGAUGUGUCUCACUGUGCUCUGAUGGUUCUUUCUAUACUGGCGAUUCUAAUCGGAUUCAUACGGGUGCAAUCUCUGAAGUUCCGCUCAGAGGAACAGUCCGACUUGAACGACAUCCUGCUGCGUGUUUCUGCGUUUGGUCUCUUCGUGUACGCUGUGUUCAGCGUCAUCGCUGGUGGAAUGGGAGCCUUCACCCACGAGCCAAACCUUCUUGUCAUGAUUACUGGCUGCUUGAGCGUGCUUCAGGUGGUUCUGCAACUACUCUUCAUCGCUGAUGUUUCUCGCCGCCGUGUCCACCUGCCUGAACAAGAACGCAGCAAGCCCGCCCGUCAGGCCGUCACCUUCCUCCUUAUCUGCAACGUCACCAUGUGGCUCAUCUACACCUUUGAAGCCCAAAAAGUCCUCGCUAACCCGGUUCAACUUGAUUUCUACGGUUUCGUGGCUUGGUCUCUCGUCCAGCGCUUCACUCUGCCACUUUGCAUUUUCCACCGCUUCCACUCAGCUGUCACCCUUGCCGAAAUUUGGAAGACCAGCUACAAAGCGCGCCUGGAGUGAGCAAUUGGAACUAAUUAAAUUGGAGACCUAAGUCCAAUCAACAACAUCCUAAUGCAACUUGGGAUGACAAUUACGGAUUCGUCCUCAUCCGGGACAGCAAUUUUUUGUAGGUAGAACGGAUAAAAUUAUUGCUAGUUUUCAAAAUCAUCUUGCUAUUUCAAGUGUUAGUAUAGGUGUGACGAAUUUAGGAUGGUAAACAUUGCAUUUUACAAUGUAGAAGUGAAUAAGUAAUUGCUCUCCCGGAAAGUAUUGUAGUUGACACGAAGUAAUCACCUGGACCUACCUACCCUAUGGAUCAUCGAUAUGUUGGUUAUUAUUUGCGGUUCUUUCAUACUUCGUUUAUCUUUCACAUUCCAUUCUAUUACAGUUUCAAUAAAAAUUAGGUUUCUUGAAAGACUGACUGUGGAGACUUUAAAGCGACCAAGCAUACAUAUUUUCAGCUCAUUUUUCUUUAAUAGAUACGUAAACAGAUUUGCUCAGAUUUCGGAAUUCUAUACUUACUUGCUAUCUUCAUUUUGAAGUUGUAUGAGAGCGUUUUAAUCGAAAACACGAUAAUAAAAUUGAAAAAUCCCAGUUGUGAAAAGUUCCCUCCUUUGUUAGAAAUAAUUUGUGUGCCAUGGUUUUAGGGUUAAGGCUUCAUUAAAAAUUUGACAAUAUUUUACAUUUCUGGAACAGUUUGAAUCUCAAACAAAAUCUGUCUUCUCUGCGACUAGCAUUCUUUGUUGUUGUUUCAUUAAUUAUAAUUCAUAAUUAACUUCAAUCAUGUUGUCGAUGAAUUUAACAUUUCAGCACAAAAUGGGAGCCAUUUUGUGUGUCUAUUUAAAUCCGUAUCUAAAGUAUAUAAGAUAUAAAAUUAAUUAAUAUAAAUUAAUUAUUAUAUUAACGUUUCAGAAGAUUUAUUAGCCAACAUAAAUUUGAGGUAAAGAAGUAGGAUUACUAUAAAAGUUUAAUAUUAUGUGGUAUCGUAAGGGGGUAGUUGACGUGUCGAAAAUUAUAUCUAAUUAAACGUACUUAACUUAGAGAUGGAGUAGAGACCUGCCGCUUGAGCUGCAGAGCGCCGCUUUAUACGGAUCAUUUGGGUAUUUGAGUUUAGGAGACAUUUUUAUUGCAAAGGGGCCAUAAAAAUGUAAAUUUUUUAUCAAUAAAAAACAAGCACAUUUUAUAGCGCUGACGUUAGCAAGUUCAGAAAUGUGGUAACACUAGAUCUAGUAAUAAGUUACAUGCACUAGCAACAUUAUUAGAUGUUGUUAGAAUAAAAAAUCUUCUAUGUAUUAGUCAUUUAUAAAAUCGAUUACAAUUUGCGAAGUUUUAACAUGGGACUAAGUUCACAGCAUCAAGUAUAACGCUAAGUACGUUUGAAAAUUUUCUCAGUAAAAUAUUUUCGUAAAUGAUUUAUGUGCAAUCUAUUUUUAUAGGCUGACUAAUUUACAAUAUCUGUCUAUUUGUGUAAUGCAAUGGUCAAUCGUGAUUUUCACGUGAUAUCAUUUCUAUAUUAUGGAUUUUGUAUAAAUAGUUCAUACUCAAUUGUUUAUAUUUAUUAAUUUUGUAAAUUAACUUUUAAGGUAAAAUCGUAAUUUAUUGCUCUAGAGUCUGAGAGUACCGUGUGCUUACAACGUGAGAUUUCGAGUGAUUGUAGUUAGUUUCUGAUUGAUUUAAAAUACAUAUUUUAAUGUUUAUAAUUAGUAGUAAACAGUGGAUAUAAAAAAGAAAAUAAGAAAAAAGAGCUCAAUCGUAUUGAUUUUUGAGAAAUUUAUUGAUUUAAUGGGUCUCGACAUGUUUAUUGUUAGCAACACCAACCAGCGUGUUUGGCUUGUCUCAUCACUGCCGAUAUUUUAACAUUAACAAUAGAUUAUUAUUGUUAGUAAGUCCUUUGAUAAACCUAUACUAUUUCUAACUUGUUCAAUUUUGUAGGUGAUAUUUAAUGUGUACCUUGAUGUUUGGAACAAAUGUACCGAUGUUUGUAACUCUAGGUUUUAACAUUAUUAUCAUACCUAUGUGGAUACUCGAUCAGUGUUAUAUAGAUACCAAAAAUUUGGAAAUUCUACUUUAAAAUAUAUAAUUAAUACAUGUAAAUGUCUAUUUGAAUAAAUUAAAUAAUACUUAUACGU